AGCACCGAAGGUCGCAGCUUCAAGCCGGAUUCGCGAUCCUACGACGACCAGACCACCCACGACCGCAAUCAGCAAAUCCACCACUCUUCGCACAAGAUGGGUGGACGACAGGCCCACGGCCGCCCCCUGACGGCAGGUCCCAAGACGAAGGCCAACGCCAACAACAAAAAGUCCAAGGCCCGGUCGCAGAAGAAUGCCCUCGAUGCUUUUGGCAUUGCCCAGGAAAAGUUUGCCCCGAGACAGAAGCAGACGCCCCGAGCGAGAGAACUGGAUGCCGAGAUCGAAAGGAAGCACGGCCGGGACGAUGACGACGAUGAAGACGAGGACGAGGAAGAAGAAGAGCCCCAGAGGAAGAAGGCCAGACCCAGCCGAUCCACCGGCGACGAUGCCGAUGAUGGCAGCGACAGCGAAGGAAAUGAGUGGCGACUUGGAGGUCUGCGAGACGACGACGAGGAUUCUGAGAUUGAGAGUGACGACGCUUUUGGCGACAGCGACCAGGAGAAGAUGAAGGGAUACUCAUUCCGUGGUAGCAAGUCAACCCAAAAGGAUGACGACUCUGAAGAUGACUCGCAAGAUGACGAAGGAGAGACUCUUGGCGCAGAAGCCAUCGACUUGGCGACUGCACUCGACCAAUUCGAAGAGUCUUCAGAAGAGGAGCCAGAUAGCAAGGAGCAGUCCGGCUCGUCCGACUCAGACGAUGAUGCUUCAGACGAGUCCGAGGAGGAUGACGACGACGAUAGCGACGAUAGCGACGACGAGGAAGCAAACCCCGAGAAGCUGCAGGCUCUCCAGGGUUUGAUCGCCGGCUACGGAGGAGAGGAGGAGGAGGACCAAUCCAAGACCAAGGCGAAAUCAAAAAUCAGCCUCAGCGACCUGGGACUGAGCGGCGUCAACGACCAGAAUGUGAAGAAGUCCAUGAAACUCUUGAAUAAGGAGGAGAAGGAGACGCGCCCCGGCGCUACGAAGAAGCUGGAUAUUCCUCUCGCAAGGAGGGAGCAGGGCCGUCUGGACCGGAGUGCUGCCUACGAAAAGACCAAUGAGACUUUGGACAGAUGGAACGAGACUGUGAAGCAAAACCGAAGAGCAGAGCAUCUCGUCUUUCCUCUCGCUCAAAACUCAGCGACUGCUGGUCUUGAUACGACCGAGAUCCAGCCCCUUACCACCAAGAACCCGACCAACGAGCUGGAGUCUGCAAUUAUGGGCAUUAUGGCGCAAAGUGGCCUGUCUCUUGACAAGCCUCAGAAGCCGAAGGAGAAGGAGUUCGACGACGAGGGCAAUGAGUUGUCCCGAAAGGAGGCUCUGGCUCGGAAGCGGAUGGAGCGCGAACUGAACUCGCGGGAGACAAAACGAGCAGCGCGCAUCAAGAAGAUCAAGAGUAAGGCCUAUCACCGUGUCCACCGGCGGCAGCGUGAGCGUGAUGAGAUUGCCACUAAGGAGGCUAUGGAGGAGGCCGGUGAGAUCGACUCUGAGGAGGAGCGCGAAGCUCAGGACCGCCGACGAGCCCUCGAGCGUGUUGGUCAACGUCACAAAGAGAGCAAAUGGGCCAAGAUUGGAGGAAAGGCGAAGCGAGCUGUCUGGGACGAGGAUUUCCGGACUGGACUGACAGAAAUGGCCCGCAAGGAUGAGGAGCUUCGAAGGAGGAAAGAAGGCAGAUCCGGACUGGACGACGACUCCAGUUCCGAUAGUGGCUCGGAUAAUGGCGAUGCGUCGCUACGAAGACAGCUCAGGGAGUUGGAAGAGGAGAGCGAUGAGCCUCAAACGGGAUUGAUGGGCAUGAAGUUCAUGCAAAAGGCCGAGGCGGCCAAGAAGCAAGCCAACGAUGCACUUGUGAAGCAGAUUCGACGAGAGCUGGACGGCGAAGAGUCAGCUGACUCUGGCGAUGACGAUCAGAAGGAAGAAGUAGGCCGCCGACAGUAUGGUGCCGCCGAGGGAAAGCCAUUCACCCCUGCUACCGAAUCCUCAUCCAGAGCUGCCAAGAAGCGAAGAUCGCGCAACGAUGACGACGACGACGACGACGACGACGAAGUGAUGAUAACCACCAACGCCUCGAAGACGGAUGUGUCCAAGACCACUUCAAUUGACUUGUCGACAUCUGCCGGUGCCUCAACUGCAGGAGCAUGGUCCCGCGGCGAGACCCGCCGCAAGAAGAAGGGCCAGUCCAGCUCACGCAUUGAGGAUCUUGAUCUUACUGCCAACGUCAUCGUGGCUUCUCGACCCAGCAAGUCCAAGUCAAAGUCCAAAGCAACGAAUGGCGCAACUCAGGAUGAUGCUGACUCUGAUGGCUCAGACAUGGAUCAGCAUCUCCCCAUGGCAAUUCGUGACCAGGAGAUGGUAGCGCGUGCGUUUGCCGGAGAGGACGUCGUGGGCGAGUUUGAGCGCGAGAAGAACGAAGUGGCCGAGGCCGACGACGACAAGAUCAUCGACAACACGCUUCCAGGCUGGGGCUCAUGGGUCGGCGAGGGUGUCAGCAGCCGUGAGCAGAAGCGCCACCAGGGCCGCUUCUUGACCAAGGUAGAGGGCAUCAAGAAGAAGAACCGCAAGGAUGCCAAGCUAGAUAAGGUUAUCAUCAACGAGAAGCGGGUCAAGAAGAACGACCGCUACCUUUCCUCACAGCUCCCCCACCCCUUCGAGUCACGCGAGCAGUACGAGCGUUCGCUACGCCUGCCUGUGGGACCCGAAUGGAUGACCAAGGAGACGUUCCAAGACAGUACCAAGCCUCGUGUGAUCAUGAAGCAGGGCAUCAUCGCGCCCAUGUCCAAGCCUAUGAUAUAAACAAUAGACACUGCUGCCACUACUGGCAGCCUCUCACCACGAAUACCAAAAUCUUUCUUCCUUUCCACUUUCUGCCGUUGUAGCUUACGUGAUGACGGCCGGCUGGGCCCAAAGCAGCUUGACAGUCGACCCUUGUGUCCUCUGUGGCAAAAGUAGGGAACCUUAUAGAGUCAAAGUGUCCUCCAUACCCCAGGAACAUGUGGAGGACUGUCAUUUAACGUAAUGGGGUAUAUGAUAUCUCCUUGCAACAUUCGUUGGGCAUCUGCCCCUUCAAGUUCGAUUCUCGUUGCAAAAAUUCAGGAAAAAAAGAACAAGAUGAAAAAAAAAGACAAGAGAAAAAAAGACCUACG